GCUCGCGCCCGCUCGACCCGCGAUGCCGUUGCUCAUCGACGAUGCCAUGGGCGCCUUGAAGGACAAGGGCACGACCUACUCAGAGUUGGACGCGGCCGCCGUGUCCAGCAAGGCGGCGGGGGACAUUGACGGGCCCAUCGACGUCGGCACUUUUACCCGCGGUGCUCUGCGGAAGCUGGGCGAGGUGAGGGUGACCAGGUCUCUCUUCGACGUCGUGGACGAGUUUCCGAUGCCAGAGAAUCUGGGCCAUGUCAUGGAGCAGAUCGCGGGGCAGACGUACACCGACGUGCCGCCUGCUCUUCGCCCAGGCGCUGAGCUCCCCGAAGGCACCAAAUACUCCGUUGUCGUUGGUGGCAACGGCAACGGCGCCGCCGUCGCCGUCAAGAUCUACGCGUUCCAGAACCAGGUGCCCUUGAAGACCGCACAGGAGCUCGUGAUCGGGACUGGGCAUGCUCCAAUAACGAGAAAAGGCCCAUGGCUCCACAAGAAAACCCUGCAGUGGUUGCUUGAUCGCAUCCCUGGCCACCGCGUCGAUUGGGCAAGCGUGGAGGAGAAGCAACGGGCGAAACCGACAGACGGCGAAAAGAAGAGAUGGGAGGCCACGGACGAGGAGCUCGAAGAGGGCAUUGACUUCAUCAGCAAGCACGCGCCCGCCGUGAACGACAUGAACCAGCAGUGGCUCUUCAUUGAGAAGAACAUCAAGCCGAGCAGCGGGUCCAAGAUUGCGGGGUGGCCGUGGGCUAAAGUUGCUAACGCAAUGCACAACCGAGCGAAGGCAGCAACGGGGUGCGCCAAGGUUGAGCGCUCGUUCCCCCUGUGCGUGUUCGACUUGCACCCGCUGUGGCCAGAAGUGUUGCUUCCGUGCAUCUUCCCGCUCCUAUCGCAGUUUGGACUCCUCUUCUUUGGCUUGCCUGGCAUCGGCAAGACGCCCACUUUCGUCGUGCUCGCCAUGGCCAUGGGCCGCUACACUGCGGCGCGCUCGGGCGGUAAUCUACUCCCUGGAUGGCGCCGCAGCAAGUCGAUGGACGGCUUCAAGUCCAGCCAGGGGACAGCGUCCGAGGGCACUCUCCUCGACGACCCUGGCAUGUGGCAUCUCUCGAUCGAUGACCUGAAGUCCUUCUUGGACACCUUCGCCAGGGCCAGGUACAACGACGCCAAGUUCGUGAAGAACUCAGUGCGGUGCUUGGCGGAGAAUGAGUUCGAUGAGAAGGGCGAGCCGCCCGCGGAUGACCGAACCAUUAUCACCGCGGCCGAGGCUGAGAAGCUGUUCAUGAAGCCGUUCUCGGGGUGGAAGCAGGCGCGUGUCCUCGCGGUGCUCAGGCGCGCCGUCGCGUGCGUCGCUGGUCGCCACUCCAUGUACCUUCGCUUCCCCAGCAGCGACCCCGACGCGGUGGUCCACCGCAUCAGCUUCGACAACAUCGAGAAGGACUGGUUGCGCGACAAGCAGUACUGGGGCAAUGACAACAAGAAGUACUACAACCUCUACAAGCAGGGCAUGGAGGUGUUCCACGACAACUUCGACGAGCAGUUGCAGAGGGAGCAGGACUUGAUCGACCGCGCCGUGACCGCGCGCGGGGACAAGCUGGCCGACGCCUACGUCGCCGAGUGCAACGAGUCCUUGCAGGCCAAGCUGCUCUCCGUCAUGGAGUUGUCCUCCAGGCUGAGCGCGGCGCCGCCGCGCCCCGAGGCCGAGGCCGGCGACGGGGCCUCCAUGCUCAGCGCGGCGCCGCCUAGCCCCGAGGCCGAGGCCAGCGGCGGGGCGAUCGCUCUCCACGUGCGCCCAGAUGGAGACGGGAGUUACGCGUUCCCGACGGGGCCGCCGGUACCGCGCACCAGCACCAAGCGCAGCCGGUGCCGCAUCGACGGCGUGGGGGCGAGGGAGGUGCGUCCGAAGGGCUCCCCGCCGUCGCUUGUCGAGGGCCAGCCCGACAUCCUGGCCGCGGAGCUGGGGGCGAUGCUCGAGGCCGAGGGCUUGGCCACGCAGCCUGGCGUCGAGGCAAGCCCGCAGGCAUCUGGCGAUUUCUUCGGCUCGAGCGCGCUGCGCUUGCCAUCUCUGCAGGCGCCGCGGCCGCGCGGCGGCGGGGGCGCCCUUGGCCAUGGCGCCGAGCAAGCGCCAUCGCUGCAGCUGCUGGGCGAGUCGUGGGCACACCGUGAGCGACGUGCCCGCCGAAAGCCGUUCAAGAAGUUUGCGCGCCAGCGCCUCCUCAAGUUUGCACUCGGCUACGGCCCCAGCGAGAAGCGCGCCAUCGCAUUGCAGGCGUGUUCGCGCGGGGCCGAAGGCUCGGUUGCAGCCCGCGAGGAGCUGGUCCAAGCGGGCUUCCUCGCUCGGGCAACUCUUCGCUGCCCGACAUGCGCGAGGGGAUACCUUUCGGACGCCCCGUGCAGUCGGGCCAGGGGCGGUGCCACCAACAAGGACUUGCUCUACUUCCGCUGCAACGAUUGGGGGUGCCACUGCUACCACAGCGUCAUGAAGUUCUCGAAGAUCCCGUACAAGCUGAUCGGGCAAUUGAGCUGCGUCCAGCUGAGGUCGCUCCUCGAAUCCUAUACGGACGCGGCGGGCCAGGGCAGCGCCAGCGCGCGGAAAGCUGCAAAGUCGGCAUACUGCGGGUGCAAAGUCGCGUACCGCCUGUACAGGUAUCUGCGCGGCUUGGAGGCGGACGCAGGGGACAAGGAGAACGAGUCGAUGCAGCUCGGCGGGGAGAUCGAGCCCAUCCGCAACAUCGAGGGCGACGGCACGCUGGCCAGGAAGAUCAGGGUGAGCAGCAAGAGCACGACGUGGCGGACCGAGAUCGCAGAGGCGAAGAAGAGGACGAUCGCAUACCUGAGGCUGAAGGCAUGCAGGGCGAGAUCGCCGUCUGCAAGCUCGAGAGCCAGACACUACAUGGUCCACGUCCGCUACGUGGGGCUUUGUGAGCGAGGUGGCAGGGUGACCGUUGCCCCACUUCCUGUCCGCGUGGUGCCGCCUGGCACGGCGCAGCCGCCCGAGGCGCAGGACGAGGUUCUCAAGUCGGGCAUCAUGAACAGACUGGUGAGGAAGAAGAAGGUGUUCCUCUUCUCCGACGGCGCACUGGCCUGGCCCAAGAUCGUCGAGCAGCAGAACAAGGCAGGCCGCAACAUCGCGCUGUCGGCGGUGGUGCACCAGAAGCGGCAGUACACGAAGCUCAUCGCCAAAAAGAAGAGGGGGCAGUCCCGCCUGGCUGGCACGCAGGCAAUGGACUCACGGUGGAAGUACAUGAAGUCGUACAUUCCGCGGACCCUGAAGGCCGCCAAGGGUCGCGCCGUGAACCCUGAGCUGCGCACAUACACCAUGUCGUGGCAGUGGAGGCAGAACUUGGCAUGCACGGGCGCCGCGCUGUAG